AUGGCACCUCGCAUCCACAUCAAGCAGCAGCAGACUCGCAACAAGUCUUGCCAGCUAGAUAUACUGGUGAUUGGCGCAGGCCUCGCCGGCCUUGGGAGUGCAAUCAGCUGUGCUCUUGCCGGUCAUCAAGUCAGCAUCCUCGAAGCGGCUCCUGAGAUAAAGGAAGUGGGUGCCGGUAUCCAGGUCCUGCCAAACAGCUCCCGCGUCUUGCAACACUGGGGCCUUGAGAAGAAGUUGACACCCCACAUGACAAACCCAAGUGUGUGCAACUUUAUCGGUUGGAAAGGAAACAAGAUCUCUCACCUUGAUUUCCACGAUUCCGAAAAACGAUACCCUGGCACUUGGUAUCGAGAUUUCCACCGCGCUGAUCUCCAACGGUGCCUGGUCGAAAGGGCUUUUGAGCUAGGAGUGCGCGUGAUCUGCAAUGCUCGGAUUGAUGAUGUGCGUGUAUGUACAAAUGGAACAACAGCGAAGGCCUUUGCUGCAGAUGGAAGGGAAUGGGAAGGCGAUCUCGUUAUCGGAGCUGACGGGGUGUUCGGAAAAUUGACCGAGGGCUUGCUGGGUCGCAGUGAUCCACCAGUCAAGACAGGGGAUCUCGCAUAUCGUCUACUUUUAUCAACUGAAGAAAUGCGCAAGGAUCCUGAGCUGGCGCCAUUCGUGAAUGAGCCUCAAGUGAAUUAUUGGCUGGGGCCGGAUGCUCACGCCGGUAUGUCUAUUUGCCUAUUCGAUACUAUAAUUGUCAGCUAA